GCUCCACUAAGUGAUCUGUGCAGUAGUAUAACAUCCAGCUUUCCUGUAGCAAAGACCUGACAUGCCUGGGGUCCCGACUUGUGACACGCCACUGACAUAUGUAGUAUGCAACGUCCAAUGUCCGCAAACGGAACGGUGCUUACUGGAAGUGUAACUCUCCCCAUGGCCCCAUGCCCUUGGAUCUCCCUGGCGUUCCACGCACCGUCUAAUCAAAAUGGUCUAGUUAUCGGUUCAUAUCACUCCAUUCCACCGCAAGGACAAGCCUUUCCUGCGUUACGACCAACGUAUCUCUUCACAACCGUUUUAUUCGGCUUCACCGUGGUACGAAAAUCAGCCACAUUUGUUCGCAAUUAUAUCUAUGUCCCGAGGAACGGGGAACGCCCUACUACAAGGCGGGUAAAUCCUCAACAAUGCCAAGCUCGCACUAAUCGAUUGUGAAGAGCGUCAGUCGAAGUCGAAGCUCUGAACUCUACAGGACUGAUUUGCGGCUCUACAUGCUUCGCAACCUCUUCUGACCCCACCGACCUCUAUGCUACGCCCGUCGCAGUUGUGCUAUGCUCUCAUCCUCGCUUAUAGGACCAUGCCCAACCGUCAAAUUGUCAUCUUCCGGUCCCCAGGAUCAAAGAAAUCAAGGAACCCGAA